CAAACAGAGGGAGUCUGGAAUCUACUGCGAGGCCUGGCUGCAAUGUAUUGAGACCUCGAGGCCACCGCAGUAAACAGAUCAUACAAGUUCUGUCAGUGUCUUGCUUGGAAUCAAAAUGUUGUCUGUUAAAGGGGGGAAAAAAAUUUUGAGCGCCGAGUUUAUGUCUUUGACAUAUUCUCGAUAUUCAGGAGAAUCCAGUACCCUUAUCGUGCCCAAUUGGAGGUCUACGAUUGAUUUUCGUUCUGAGGAGUACUUAGACGAAGACAGAGAAGCAUACAGUCCAUUGGCCGACAGAUUUAUUCUUAGUGGCGUCGAUAUCAACGAUACAGUUUAUCUGCAACGAUCCAUUACAUAUGAUGAGUCAGCGUUCUUGUUUCCAGCUGCAGGGAAAGUAUCAAAUGAAGCAGCAAUCCUUCAUGGUCCCGAAGUCAUUAAUGGGCACGAACAUGAUUCUGGAAUAUUGUUCCUUGGGGUUGUGAUCAGUGUCCACAAUAAGAUUGGUUUGUCGUACCAAUGGUUUUUUAAUGGUCAACCCCUUUGUAGUGGUCCCCACCGAUGUCUGAUAAAAGUAACGGAACCAGGAUCGUACUUUUGUAAAGUGUUUUACAAAGAAAUCAUGCUGCAAUCAGCAACAGUCACUGUCACUGCUUUUCCUGAAAGCCAAAGUGUCUACCAGAAAUUACAAGGAGAUACAUCAAGUACGAGUGACAAAAAAUCAAGUUAUCCGUUAUCAGUAUCUGUGGCUAAUUUGCUCAAAACUGGGGAGCUCAGGCUUUAACAGAGAAAGUAAUAGCAUCCUAUGGAUUUGGAACUACCGAAUGUUAGAGUUUUAUCUAUUUUUAUAAAUGUCUCAUUUAAUGUCUUUUCUGAUGAAUUUGUAUAAUACGCUUACCCACUUGCAUCUCGUUUUAAUUAUAGUUGGUUUUUAUUAACCUGUGAACACACAUUAGUAUAUUCAGUACUAUCACACUUUGGUCCCUAUAUUAUAUUGUCUGCGCAGAACUUUGAUCUAACUUUGUAUAGGAGAAUUUUAAUACUUAAAAAUCUUAGAUCUCCCUGUUGAUAUUUGUGUUUUGGUUGUUUAGAAAAUACCCUGCUUUCCCUGGUAUUUGCACUUUCAUACGUAACAUAUACCUCUGAAUGCUAGGAAUCCAUUCAUAUAAUGUGUAGCAGUUAUUGCAAAGUUGAAUAAAAUUGGAAGUCAAUGGACUGAUAGUCUAGCACAACCCAA